UAUUUUUGCAUGUACACACAGCUAGCUAGCUCUCGAGAACCUAGGGGGCAUAGCCUCCCUUUAUGGCUUUCGGUUAAAUGUGUAGACCAUAACUGGCUCACUGUAAACUAUAAUCCCGACACUGUUUUAACGGUUCGAAACAUAAAAUCUCGUUUGCGAUAAGGUUUUGGAAACAUUUGGGAUUUAACUUUCACAUCAGCAAGAAAUACUAUUUCAAAUUCCAAAAGAUACAUUUGUGAAUCGCAAAUCGAGCAUCACCGGGCCACAUUUUGGUGUGCCGACGUUUCCCAAUGUUCUUGAAUUUCGGAUUUCGUUUUAAGUAAUUGUUAUAUAUGGCAGAGCACCCCGCUAAUAAAGCGAGAUAUCCCACCUUGUUACCCACUCCACAAAGCCGGGAGGCAGCCUGUGGUCAAAACGAAUACAAUCAUUUUUUUACACGGAUAAACGCCCCCUACCGGGUCAAUCGGGUGAGCUAAAUCGAACUCCCGCCAUUGGAUUUUUUUUUUUUUUUWAACACAGCAGGGUGUAACUUUGAUAAACUGUACAUGGGUUGUACCAGAGCUGGUAGGCCAGGCCCUGGCAACAGUGCUGAUGCUUGUCUCCCUGCACUGGUUUGUCUUCCUACUCAACCUGCCUGUGGCCGCCUGGAACAUGUACAGGGUUUGGAAGGUGCCCAUGGGAAACAUGGGGGUGUUUGACCCCACUGAGAUCCACAACCGGGGACAACUAAAGUCUCACAUGAAAGAGUCCAUGAUCAAACUCGGCUUCCACCUGCUCUGCUUCUUCAUCUACCUGUACAGCAUGAUCCUGGCACUGAUCAACGAUUGAGAUCCCCAUGGCCAUUUUAAUCCAAUCGGCCAAAUCACAAACUAUUCAGUAUGUGUUGUUCAAUAUGUCCUGGUCCUCAGUCCUCUGCUCAGYUGGAGUCACCUGACAUUACACUCCCCUGGGGACACCUAAUCAUUGCUCAGACCCCCCCCGUUACAUACUUCUGUGUUCUUAUAACUGCCCUGGAAUUGUGUGUGUGCUUUCGUUCAGCCUGUGUCCAACAAUGCUGUCCAUGCACUGCUCCUCUAGGCAGAUGGAAAACAUGACAAUCGUACAGGCUAGAUGGUGCAUACGAUUGGGUAACACAUUUUCGGCCAAGAGCCAAUCGCAACAGCUAGCACAUCCUCUUGCAGCCUGCCGAACAUCAUCUUUGAUAGUCAUUUUUUUUUUUGUCUCUUGUCAACAUGCUGGAAAAUCCUUGAAUUGAAUAUCCUUUGCAGAAUAAUAACCUGUGUUUUGGCGAUCUAUUUCUAUUAUAUUUUCUUGCCGUCUCUUAACAUCAAUAAGUUAUAGAUCUGACAUCCCCUGACUGCUGAAAGGUGCACAUUUGAUUGGUAUUAUAAAAUAAAGUGUUCUCAGGGGAAUACAUGCACCUGGGUUGGAAAAUGUUUUUCAACCCUAUUUUUUCACUCGACUGUGUAUCAAUGGGCAAUAUAACCUUGAUUCAAUCCGUAGCACUGAAGAGCUACGCCGUAGCGCAAUUUCAAGGUAAUUUCCAAUUGAGCUGACAUGUAACAUUGUCUUUAAAUUUGUGUGGUGCUUCAGAUUGAAUCAAAUCCCUUGUCUGUAUCCUAGUUGUAUUACAUUUCACUGUGUAUGACAGAAGCACAUUUACUACACAUCACUAUGUAUGUUAUUUGUGCAGUUUGAGAAUGUUCCAGCCAAAUGUAUUUCACCAUGGGGAAGGGUGCGUGUUCAGAUUGUUUAAAUCAAACUAAAAUGACUUUUUAUUUGUGCUUUUGAAAAUAAUUUGUGGGGUUUCUUAAAUAAACUUGAAAGAGAA